AUGUGCAGUACCACGGAUAUUUACAAUGGCAUCCUUCUCUGCAAGAUGUUCCAUUACGUCCAUUCAAGUCGACUGUGCCCAGCAGCAGUUGUUCAAACAGUCCUUUCAAGGCUAACUUCCGAAAGUCAUUCGAUCACCACUCUUCGAAGCUCCACUCACUUCACUCUCUGCCACUGCUUGCCCUCUGAGACGCCAGCUCACUCCUUCAGCUUCCAGCUCACUCCAGCAGCUUCCUGCAGUCUCCAGCUCACUCAUGCAGCUUCCAGCGCACUCCUGCAGCUUCCAGCAGUCUCCAGCUCACGCUUCCAGCAGCCUCCAGCUCACUCCAACAGCUUCCAGCGGCCUCCAGCUCACUCCUGCGGCGCUUUACUGACAUUCCGCUACCUAUUCCAGCACCCGCUGACGCCUGACGAUCUAAGCCAGUGCCCACUGACGUCCAGCGACCUGAUCCAGCGCCCGUUAACGUCCGGAUACCGUUCCCGAACCAACGACCUCUGUUGCCUUACCAUCCACCGUUCAAAAAUAAAGGCACGAUUUCUAUCGUCUACAACGUCUUCUUUACUAAUGCUAUCUCCUUGCCUUUGUGUCCACCUUUUUAGUUGUACGGUCGAUUGGCACUCACACCUCUCGGCCCACUGCAACAGUCUUUUUCUUUAA